GCGGGGCCAAGGGCUUCUUCGCUGCCCGGCCCUGCAGAGCGGAGGUCUGCAGGCUCCAGUUUAGUAAAGCGCAUGCAAACCCGGCCAGAAGCCACCGCACUUAUCAGCAGAUCUCAUGAUUGUUUGGUAAAGGCUCUGCGGGUCUACACAGGUCACCUCCCUCGGAACUCCGCGACUCCACGUCGGAGCCAGCCCUCGGCCCCCCUGCAGUCGGACGGUUACAGCCGCGGGAGACCUGGAGGCGGUGGCAGCGGCCCAGGAACUAGCAGCAGCGCCCGGGCUCUUGCUCUUGCAGAACUCACAAGAUCUCUCUUAAAGAAAUCUGUAGUCAGAACUUUAUGCUGUGUUUUCAUUCAGGAAAGAAGCAGGAAGAGAAGAGUAUUGUCUCCUAGGAAUCCAGCCCUGGAGAAACGAGGAGAAUUCUUCCCAAGAUGGUCUCCCAUUCAGAGCUGAGGAAACUUUUCUGUUCAGCUGAUGCAGUGUGCUUUGAUGUUGACAGCACAGUCAUCAGGGAAGAAGGAAUUGAUGAGCUGGCCAAAUUCUGUGGAGUUGAGGAUGCUGUGUCAGAAAUGACACGGCGAGCCAUGGGCGGGGCAGUGCCUUUCAAGGCUGCCCUCACAGAGCGCUUAGCUCUGAUCCAGCCCUCCAGGGAACAGGUGCAAAGGCUCAUAGCAGAGCACCCACCACACCUGACCCCCGGCAUAAGGGAGCUAGUAAGUCGCCUACAAGAGCGAAAUGUUCAGGUUUUUCUAAUAUCUGGAGGCUUUAGGAGCAUUGUGGAACAUGUUGCUUCAAAGCUCAACAUCCCACCAACCAAUGUCUUUGCCAACAGGCUGAAAUUCUACUUUAAUGGUGAAUAUGCAGGUUUUGAUGAGAUGCAGCCAACAGCCGAAUCUGGUGGGAAAGGAAAAGUUAUUAAACUUUUAAAGGAAAAAUUUCAUUUUAAGAAAAUAGUCAUGAUCGGAGACGGAGCCACAGACAUGGAAGCCUGUCCCCCUGCUGAUGUUUUCAUUGGAUUUGGAGGAAAUGUGAUCAGGCAACAAGUAAAGGACAACUCGGAAUGGUACAUCACUGAUUUUGUAGAGCUUUUGGGAGAACUGGAAGAAUAAGAUCCGUUUUUAUACAGUUCAUAACAACUUCAGGUUAAUUUUUAAAAGUUAUACAGUUUGAUACUGUUUGCUUCCAAUUGCAUAUUAGGACUUAAUAUAUAAAUUUAGUACUGAUUAUCUGUACUUCCAAGUAAACUAUAGUUAGGGCUCCUAGAACAUUGUGGUUCGUUUUUUUUUUUUUUUUUUUUAACUGUAGUUCUGGUAUUAUUAUGACCAUUUAAUUACCUGGAGAGUUUUAUAAUUUGAAUUCUUUAUGUAUUUUCCUAGCUAUAUUUUAUUUGAAGCCUUUUGAAGGUGGAUAGUAAACACCUUCAUUAUUGGAAAUAUGGAUUAGGCAGCUUUAAGUGAAAUUGGUUUUCCCUUUAUAUAUAAAUAAAAGUUUAUCCACAUA